GCCUGCUCCCUAGAAGGAGGGCGCUAACGACUACACAACGAUGCCAUUAUUUCUACCACUUUUGUAGCCUUUUUUCCACGGAAGACACGGCACCAAUGACAGACCAGUAUGUGAGAAGAACGGACUACUACACGUGUAGCUAUUUCAAGGAUGCCAUUGCUCAACGUCACAAUGAAGCAGUCUUUACAACCUGUACAACCUUGUACAGAAAAAAAAGCACCUGAAGAGCCUUAAUGAAUAUUCAGCACUGUGGACAAAUGGAGCACGCGAUACAAACCACCAAUAGAUUAUUUCCGAUCCUGACCACAACGCUUUCACCUUGAGCCUCAACUGAUUCAUAUUUCCCCUCUUUUUCGCAUUGUGGUUAUAAACAUAUCACUCUAUCUCCCCAGUUCAAAGACCUCUCACGUCUACCCUCCUUCUGUGCCACGGGACCCUCACAGUGCCUCUCAGAAGGGAAAUGCCCGUCUUGCUCAAUGCCGAUGCCUCCUUCAGCUCCAAGCAGGAGCUGCUGGACCUACAGGACUGCCCUCUCAGCGGCGUUCCCUCCCUGGACACCCCCAGCCCCCCAGACUCCCAAACAGGCAGCCCAGUAGGCUCAGGCCCCAGGAGCCCUCUCAGCCCCGGGGCCGAUGGCCCUGUUCGGCCCCACAUUUUCACCGGGGCUUCCACACUCCCCGGGCAGCUGUACGGAGUGGAAACAAGACCGCAUGCAGAGACCCCAAUGGGAUUAAAGCUUAUCCCCACCGACUCGGAUCAGCUAUGUGGCUGGGGGGCUCUGGCGCCCAAAGCUGUCCAAGUGUUCAACACCCCUCGUUGGGUGCUGUUCUUCCUUUGCGUGGCCUCGUUCCUCCAGGGGAUGAUAAUCAACGGCUUCAUUAACACAGUGGUCACCUCCAUCGAGAGGCGUUUCGACCUGCGCAGCUACCAGGCCGGCCUCAUCGCCAGCUCCUAUGACAUCGCCGCCUGCGUGUGCUUGGCGUUCGUCAGCUACUUCGGCGGGACGGGACACAAGCCUCGCUGGCUGGGAUGGGGGGUGGUGAUCAUGGCACUUGGUUCUCUGGUGUUUGCCUUGCCUCACUUCACCACGCCCCCUUACCAGGUCAGCUUGACCGAGCCGACAGUGAUGUGCUCCGACAACCGUACCAGCCCGUGCCAGGACAAGGAGGGCGGAGGACUGUCCAGCUAUCGUUUUGUUUUCAUGCUGGGCCAGUUCCUCCACGGUGUGGGCGCUACGCCUCUCUACACGUUAGGAGUCACAUACCUGGAUGAGAACGUCAAGUCCAACUAUGCGCCUGUUUAUAUUGGGAUCUUUUACACAGCGGCCAUUGUGGGUCCGGCCGCAGGCUAUCUGCUGGGAGGAUACUUCCUCAACAUUUACACCGAGAUCCACCUGACGACAGAGAUGACGCCAGAGAACCCUCUGUGGGUUGGAGCUUGGUGGAUCGGCUUCCUAGCAGGAGGAGCAGCAGCUCUGCUGAUAGCCUUCCCCAUCCUGGGCUACCCACGACAGCUACCAGGCUCUCAGGAGUACGUGGCCAUGCGGGUGUCUGAGGCUCACCAGCUUAAGGACGGAAGCCAAGCCACAGCCUCGGACCCUCAGUUUGGCAAAUCGGUCAAAGACAUGCCAAGGUCUGUGCUGCUCCUCUUGAAGAAUCCCCCCUUCCUGUUCCUGUGCUUGGCCGGGGCUACGGAGGCCACGCUCAUCGCUGGCGUGUCCACCUUUGGCCCAAAGUUCUUGGAGUCACAGUUCAGUCUCAGUGCAUCAGAGGCCGCGACAUGGUUUGGAUACAUGGUGGUACCAGCGGGUGGUGGCGGCACCUUCCUGGGCGGCUACAUUGUGAAGAGAUUGAACCUGCGCUGUCGUGGCAUCAUCCGUUUCUGCAUGGUGUGUGCGAUGGUCAGUCUGCUCGCCAUCUUCAUCUUUCUCAUCCACUGCCCCAACGUGCCCAUGGCUGGUGUCACGGCAUCAUACCAGAACGAUGGGGUGGUGAAGCACCAACUGGACCAGUACAAAGACCUGUAUGACAAGCCCGGCAAGCUGCGCCUUAGAAACAGCUCUUCUUUAGAGGAGAGCCUGACCGUGGGCUGUAACGCAGGCUGCAGUUGUGUCAGAGAGCUGUACAACCCGGUGUGUGGAGCAGACGGGGUGAUGUAUUACUCCCCCUGCCACGCCGGCUGCAGCUCCAUCAACCACACCGAACGCUCCACAGGCAAACAGGUGUACUCUGGAUGUAGCUGUGUGGUGGGUAAUGUGUCCUGGGGCGAGGAGGGCUUCGCUCUGACAGGGAAGUGUGGCAGCUCCUGUCACCACAUGCCAGCCUUCCUCUCCUUCCUCUUCAUCAUUAUUUCCUUCACCUUCCUCUGUAGCAUCCCCGCACUCACGGCCACGCUCAGGUGUGUGCCAGACAGCCAGAGAUCCUUUGGCCUUGGCAUCCAGUGGAUUGUGGUGCGCACACUUGGUGGGAUUCCAGGACCCAUAGCAUUUGGCUCUGUGAUUGACAUCUCCUGCUUACUGUGGCAGGAUAAGUGUGGUGAGCAGGGCUCCUGCUACCUCUAUCAGAACUCAGCCAUGAGCCAGUACACACUAGUAGCUGGCAUCAUCUAUAAGGCGUUAGGGACAAUAUUUUUCCUGUUAGCCAGCAUCCUGUACCAGCCUCCUCCAGAGUCGCCUCAGAGCAGCUGUGAGAGCACCGACCACGGACUAGGAGACAUGGGGGACCUGCCUGUCAAAGACCUUCCUGAAGACAGCGUCAUCGUCAACCUGCACGCCAGGUUAUGACAUCA